AUGGAUCAUUCUUCAAUCUCAUCCAACUCGUCUGAAGACGAAGACCAAGCAAUGGUUCGUCACGGCGCAAAUCGCGGGCGUACAAUGCCAAAACGUCUGGAAAUAGAUCUGAGCUCCGUCCUCAGUGAAGCUCAACAGCAACAGCUUAACCGGCUCAUCAAUGGCGCUGCUGAUGAGAUACAGAAGCACAUUCUCCUCAACCUGGAUCUUCUCACUCCUGCACAGGUCGCACCCAAUGAGGGAAUCCAACCCCCCAAGGUAACCUGUACCCUGAUUCCUAAUCCCAACAGCCAAAAAUACCGAGAUAAGUACAUCGACACAGACCAAGCUCAGACCGAUGGACCUCAGCCUCAGAGAGAUAACGUGAAGCCUGCCCAUCAACAUGGCAAGCACCUAGAUCCUCCAAAGUGGAGGCUCCCCAAUUCGCCUGAAGAAGCCCUCGAGAUAUACGGCAAAACAGAGAAAGAUAUACUGAUCCAAAGCGUCGAGGAGACGAAGCGAGAAAUUCUGACACACUUCGCCAAAUGGCGUCACAUAGUACAGAGACGUAUGAUGGAUAUCGUCAUCAAGAACGGUGGGACAAGCGGCAAUGUCACCAACGAGGAACAACCCCCCGCAGGUAAUUUCAGAAAUGUCGGGCGACGCCCGGACGCCGCAAUAGGAAGACCUUCGUUACCAAGUGCCGUCCUCACACCAGCCGAAAUUGUCUCCAAUGCCACCCUUGCCCGACUUCACACCGCAACCUACACGCCUCUUAGGGAAACCCCCAAAGAGAAGCGCGCAUUGAUAUUGCACUGUGUCAUGCUGGUGCUUCUCGGAGUGGAUCAAUAUACCACAUACGCAAGAAUCCUUCUUGUGAAGCUUGCUUCUUCGUUGAAUAUUCCAAUGCAUGUUCUAUUAUUGGAUGAGAGUCGAGUAGGCCAAGCUCUUGCCGGCAUUAUAAAGGGAAUCGCCCCCGAGGAAGUUGUACAGAAGCGAUCAGAACAAUCCAAGACCUCUCGACGCUGGAGACCGAACACAGUCAUGACAACUGGGGAUAGCAUUCCACUUGCCCCCUCCCUCGUGGUUGCCGGCAUCGGCACCGUUUUUGGAGGCCUAGGAUUGCACCCGACAAUAACAGCUACAAUCCUAGGAGCCAUGAACGACAAUACCGUCACCGUUGGUACCAUGUUCGGUCUGUAUGGAGCCCGACAAGGCAGCAAGACGGUUGAAGCGCAUGGCAAAGACGUACAAAACUUUGGAAUCUUACCUUUACACGGAGUCGAUAAGUCUAAUUUCAUCGAUCCCAAGGAUGUGCGUACCGAAGACCGCAGAAUGCGAGUCACCUUUGGAGUAUCUGGUGUGUAUACAGCACAGGAUGAUAUCAUCGAGUCAUGGCAAAUUCUAGGUCAACAGACCGAAGCUUAUGUCAUUCGAUGGGAUACGGAGACCUUGACAAAGAUGGGUACUGCGCUAGAUACUCUGUUUAAGAGUCCAGCCUGGUAUGCCGCGAAGAAGGAGAUCACUUCAGACACUGUAUUCGAUAGGUUAAAUCGAUCCAUAUGGCCGGCCCCACUCGUGAAGGUCAGUAAGACUAUCGACAAUCCAUGGUGUAUCGGAAUGGUUCGAGCAGAAAAGAUGGGCGGAAUACUAGCCGACAUUAUCCACAAUAGACUCUACGGAGAGAGACCGAUCACGUUGAUAGGCUACGGCCUCGGUGCCCGCGCAAUCUAUGCCUGCCUAAUGAGCCUGGCCGAGAAGAAGUCCUAUGCAAGCAUUGAAAACGCGAUUAUCAUAGGCGCCCCCUGCCCUGCCGAGGUUCGUGUUUGGGCAGCGAUGAAGAGCGUCGUCCUUGGCAGACUUGUCAAUGUCUUUUCUCAGACCGACUAUAUCCUAGGUUUCCUUUAUCGAAGUGGCAGUUGGCAAUACGGUGUUGCUGGCUUACAAUGCAUCCAAGGUGUGCCUGACGUCGAAAACCUCAAUAUAACCGAGAAAGUAUCCAACCACCUUAGUUAUCGCUAUCUUGUGGGACAUAUCCUCCAGAAACUGGGCUUAGAGGAUAUUGACUAUGCCGAAAUUGAUAAAGAAGACGUGAAGUUAAGAGUGCAGAUGGAUAAGGAAAUAAAAAUUGACCAAGAACGCGAAGAGAGGAGCAAGGUUACACCAACGAGCUCCGUCCAGAAGGGUAGCAUGGCAAAGAAGGACACCGUCGUUGGCAGGAUGGGGAAGAAGAUGAAAGGCGCAAACCUAGGACGUCAGUAGGGCCAAUGUCUAGGAAGGUACAAGUAUCGUCUAGGAGGAACAUGACCACGGAGGCAGUUCAGGUAUUUCUCGUUCUUGACGGCUUUUAUGGACUAGGGAGGCUAUUGAAAAAAGC